AUCACCUUGAUGAGAGCUUGAAAAUGGAAUAUCUCACUGUUAAAGAUCCUCUUAUGCUGUGGAAUAAUUUAAAAGAUAGAUAUGACCACUUGAAGAUGGUUGUGCUUCCACAAGCACGUUUUGAUUGGAUCCAUCUGAGGCUACAAGAUUUUAAAUCUAUUUGGGCGUAUAAUUCUGCCAUGUUUAAAAUUAUUUCUCAGUUGAAAUUAUGUGGUGAAAAUAUCACUGAUCAUGAUAUGCUGGAGAAAACAUUCUCCACUUUUCCUGCCUCGAGUAUGCUCCUGCAGCAGCAAUACCGAGAGAUGAAGUUCAAGAAAUAUUCUGAUCUAAUCUCACAUCUUCUAGUGGCUGAACAACAUAAUGAAUUAUUAAUGAAAAAUCAUGAAAGCCGACCUACUGGUACUGCCCCAUUCCCUGAAGUGAAUGAGGCAAAUUUUUCCCAUUCUAGGCGUGGAAGAGGUCGUGGCCCCAGUCGUGGUCAUGGCCGUGGUCGAGGAAGAAAUUUUAAUCAUGAUUCUCGUCUUGCACCAAAUAACACCCUUCACCACCAAAGAUAGGUAAAAAAAGGUGAAAAGCAUGAAGUUGUGCAAAAGAAAGAUUCAGAAAAUA